GAACUAGAAUUUCGAAAUAAUGAUCAGUUGCUAUUAAUUGUUUAUCGUUUAAGGAACUAAAUAAUCGCGUGAUAAAAAUCAGCGACAAUUAAAAUAAAUCAGCAUAUAACGAAACAUGAUGUUUUGAUAUAAGUGAAUUGAAAAUAGAAAGAAAGUUCGCUAUUAGUUUAUGCGUUCAAUUAGAUUAUGUUGCAACAAAUCUGAACUGGAAAAAUCAUACGCAGCAGUUGUGACAAAUAAACUUUAUUGUAAAAAAAUGUUUAAGAAAAAUAAGUGCAGACAAAAGUCUUGAAGGAUAUUAACAGAAAAAUUAUAAUCAAUAACAAAGUUUAAUCUUUCGAUCUUUUUUUGAACAUUCACUGAAACUUCAAUUAAAUACAAAAACGAAAACAUAAUCAAGAUAAAUCAAAUAAACCAUCAAGUGAAAUUACAUUUGGUAAUCCACCUUCAGUGAUCAACUCUAUUUUCAUUUCAAUUUACCUUCCACAAAUUACUUUCUCGUCAUCCUGGAACUGACAAAUAGCAUCAAAAUAGCUCGAACAAAGCGACCAAGUCAGGAUAUGACUUUAGAUUUCCUCGACGACACGCAAGUCGAUUAUGAAGAUGCAUUACAACAAGCGGGAUUUGGAAAGUUUCAUUUUUUUCUGUUAGCCAUAUGUGGGUUGAUUUACCUAAACACAGCCGUUGGGAUUACAAUCCUAUCAUUUGUCUUACCUUCAGCAACGUGCGAUUUUCAAAUGACAUCGGCUGAUAAAGGAUGGCUGACAGCAACUCCCAUGCUUGGAAUGGUACUUGGGUCUUACUUUUGGGGAUGUUUAGCUGACAUAAAAGGAAGAAAAAUGGUUUUAAUUGGUGCACUAUUGUUAGAUGGCUUUUGUGGAGUUUUUUCAUCAAUAUCUCAAUAUUAUUGGCUUUUUCUGUGCUUUCGAUUUUUCAAUGGUUUCGGAAUAACUGGGGCAAUGGGAAUUUGUUUUCCUUAUCUCGGUGAAUUUCAACCGACAAAGUACAGAGAAAAAAUUCUCUGUUGGAUGGAAAUCUUCUGGACUUUGGGCGUCAUCGCUCUACCUCUCAUAGCUUGGGCAAUCAUUCCUUUAGAGUUGAGCAUCGAUACACAAUAUUUUACAUUUCACAGUUGGAAUCUCUUUGUGGCAUUGUGUGCAGUUCCGAGUUUACUCAUCGGAACUUUGUUAUUUUUCUUUCCUGAAAGUCCAAAGUUUCUUAUUGAAGUUGGAGAGCAUGAAGAAGCGCUCGAGGUUCUCAAAGACAUGUACCAUAGUAACACAGGAAAUGAACGAAGCGAAUAUCCAAUAAAAGCUUUGAAAUCAAAAGAUCCAAAGAAUGCAACAGACGCUCCAUCGCUGAGAAAUUUAAGUAUGAAGAAACCGAGACAUGUUAAACUUCUCUUAGUUGAAGUAUGGGAACAGACCAAAGCAUUGUGUAGACCACCGCAUCUGAAAAACACAAUUUUAACUUGUGCUAUUCAGUUUGGACUGACAGCCUCGUAUUAUACUCUCAUGAUUUGGUUUCCUGAAGUCUUCUAUCGUUUCCGAGAAUACGAGGAUUUAAAUCCCGGCAAAGAAGCUUCAUUAUGUGAUGUCAGCUUCAUUAUGUUGGACAAGCAGAACCAUCCACAAAUAGCUGAGAAUUAUUGUGGUAAUCCUAUAGAGCCAGAAGUUUACUUCCACACAGUCAUUCUUGGUUUGGCUUGCAUUCCGACAAGUCUUCUACUUCCUGCUUGCAUUCAUCGUUUGGGUGCGAAAUUCUUCAUCAUCUUUAGUAUGUUUAUUGCUGGUUUAGUUACUAUUGGACUUUACUUUGUUGAGAAUUCUCAACAGAAUCUUUUGCUGUCAUGCAUUUUUGAGGCUUUGACAUCACUUGGAAUAAGCACAGUUUAUUGUGUGAUGGUUGAUCUUUUCCCAACAAACUUACGUGUAAUGGCAGCAGCACUUUCCUUAACAUUUGGCCGAGGUGGUGCUUUGCUCGGCAAUUUAGUAUUUGGUUUCUUAAUAGACUUAAAUUGCAUUAUUCCGAUAGUGCUUUUCAGUGCCUUACUAUUCAUCAGUGGCAUUCUUUGUUUCUUCCUUCCAUCAACGGGACGAGAAGCUUUGGAAUAAAUAAUGAAGACAUCAUCAAACUAAUUUACAUUUUAUGUCACUGAUGCUUACGAAAUUAUCUCAAAAUUAACGCAACAAUUUAUGAGAAGUAAAUAAGUUUAUUUUUAAAGAGAAUCUGAAAAUUGUCACCAUGUUGAUUCAUUAAAUUAAAUUAAAUAAUAAAAGUUUUCUUUCAAAUAUGAUUUCUUAAGAAAAGAUUAACAAAA